UAUUUGCACAUCGCCGCGUAAUCAAGCACUAUUCAGUCAGGAGUGGCAAAAAUUAGCGAAUCGCGUCGUGAUCGUGAAACGGACAGACAGCAAACUAUUAUCCGAUCAGCGAGUGUGAUUGCAUGUUCAAGUUUUCUGUUGUUGUUGUACGCUAAUGGGCGUGCUGCUGUUGAGUAAAGUGUGAGAUCCUCGUCAUCUUGGUCGCGGGGUAAUAAAACGUGAUUACAGUGACAACUACCGUACAAGCGUGAAAGUGUUUUUUUCCCGUAAUCGUCAACGAUGGAUCUUCGGAACGCGAGGAGAAUCCUGUUCUUUGUUCUACUGUCUGCUGCAGCAGUUCCUGGUCAGCAGUAUACCGGAGUGAAAUCUGUGUCAUCAUCAGAUGCAAGCAAUGGUGUAGAAAAGACGCCCACAGCCGAUCACGGAGCUGGCAGAACGGGUGGAUCAACAGGAAUUUCCGCACGGUCGAUCGACAGGUUCACCAACGAGGUUCCGGCUUCGGAUAGCAAAAUCAUCAAGUUAUCGAUUAAAAAGGUCGAGCCUCGGGUGAUAUCCGGGUCUCGAGGAGCUCGGAAUUUGGGCUCGACGGACGCUUCGUUGAAUGCUAUUCCCGGAGGAUUGAACAAUGAGUUGACCAAUUUGGAUCUUAAUUCACCCCAAAGUCUACCAACAUCGGUUGCAAAGGAUAGCUACGGAAACCCGGUGACGCCUUACACGGAUCUUGCAUCGACUGGUUUGGAGUCGGUUGGAUUCCUAACGGACGUCAAUAGAGAUGCAUUGCAGAGCACCAAAUCUAAUCAGGUAGGGAGCCUAAACUUCAAGGUGCCCAGCUACGCCUCAGGAAUCAUACAACCUAUUUCGUUGCCAUCGACAAAUUUGAACAAUGGACUGCCGGUUCAAAAUCGACACAACCCACAUGAUGUCACUACUCAAACACCCUCGAGUACACCGUUCCAGUUCGUGCCGAAUGCCAAGUUUCCUACCAUUGAUGACGGAAAGAUUUUAUUCGCCCAAACGCCUCUAAAUGGAUUGCUUCCACCGUUGUUUCCGGGGGAACAAGUUCCAACAUAUAACGUCGAAGUAGGAACAGAGCGUUCCCCUAUUUUCGUGAAGGAUCCAUUCAGUGGCUCCAAGAUCGAUACGGGACUUCGGCUACCUCAAGAGAACCCGCCGAUCGAUUUUAACCAAGGUGCACAAAAACCAUUCCCUUCAUCCGCUGGACCAGCGCAAACACCACAAAUCAUCCAAGCACCACCUCAACAGACACCAUCUCAACAUACGCCACCUCAACAGACCCCACAAAUCUUCCAUAGUCCUCCAAACCCACAAAUUCCGUCUCAACCGACAAAAGCUCCCACUCAAAAAUAUACAGGCGGUUUCGGUGGUGCUCCGGGUUUCCUAGGUAACCAGCAGAACCUUGGAACAGCCUACAAACCGACCACCCCCAUCCCAUCCAUCCCCCAGAAACCAGUGUCCUUCCAGCCACCUCCACCACCAUCCACUCCACAGUUACCGACCGUAAUCAAUCCACCAGCACCCUUCCAACCACCCCCGCCGCAGCAAGCCUUUCCUCAGAGACCACAGCCCACAAAAGCUCCCGGUUCAACUUACACAGGUGAUUUCGGAUUCGCUAAUAACAGCCCCCGACCACAACAGCCACCCCAACCGACCGCUCAAAGCUUCCCUCAGCAACCAGCACCAACGAAAGCUCCAGGUGGAUUCGGUUUCAAUACGAACAACAACCCACAGCAGGCGCAACCCCGCCCGACUACGCAACGACCGGGUCAGUACGUGGGGAACAAAUUCUCCGGCAGCUUCGGGGGAGCACCGGGUCUGCUGGGAAACCAGAAACAACCGGGAACACACGUAAAACCCGACGGAACUAUUCUGCCACCCUCCGCACCAGGAGUGGCAGCUAGUGGCUCCCCUGUCGCCGGUGCUCCGGAACCAGCGGGAGGCUCGCAAUCCGUCAGUAGCAGUGGUAGUUCAUUCUCUGGCACUUUUGGUGGACCGCCGGGAAUACUGCGCCCGUUUGAUAACGUAAAGGGGUAACCAGUCGGCGGAGUGUGGCCUCUUUAGGACGGUUACCAUAAAAGUAUUUUCGAGCUGACAAGUUGUUUUAAGAGCGAAUACGAUUAAUCUGAUAUUUUUAAAACUUAAGAAGAGGUAAGACUCUCAAACAAAGCGUCAAUACCGAGCUGCAUUUUUAAUUGAUAUAUUUAAAAGCAAGAUUAUUGAAAUAAAUUAUUUUUAGACUAAGAACAUUAAA